ACCUGUCAGUACACGCUCGACCAUCAAGCCUGUAAGUUCGCGUGAUAUUUUUCUUCCGUUAUCGCUGUUCGUAAUAUUUCGUAUUCGUUCACGUGUGCGCGUGUAUAUUUUCUUGUUUCCGACACUUUUCUUCCGAGUGGCGAUGAAGUGAUCCAGUUUCAACGUGCCACGAGCUGCAUUCUUCCGUGAACAAGCAUGGAUCGACGCGGUAUCUUCUCCAUUUCGAUCUUUUGCUUGCUGAUCGCUCUUACUGUCGCCACCGUUACCAGGCCGGAGAAGGCGUCGUUGGGAACCGCGGCGAUUAUAAAUCCUGAAAGAAGAAACGCAAGCAGCCUGGAGGAUGGCGGGGUCGCGGUUGGCUCGCGGAUCGAACGAAUCGAGAACGAAGAGCAGGAGGAGGAUUACGAGGGCGAGGACGAGUACGAGGACGAGUUGAAGGCCGUGGCCGAGUCGCACGAGGCGAUGUCGAGGGACGACACUAGGAAUUCGAACGUCUCCGCGGCACCGUCCACGCCAGGAAUCUCCGACAGGAUCUCGUCUCCCUCCAAAAACUUCGACUCGCGCGAAGUGAUCGCUGUCAAUAACAGCUCCGACGAAGAUGUCGCCUCGAACGAGGCCAUUACCGACGAGAUCGUCGAUAAAUACGACCAGGAGGUGGUCGAGCUGGUGAAGUACAAGAAGGAGCGGAACUGGAACCACGGCGAGGGUAAUCGGACGAAGACGAAGCGCGUGCCCACGGUGAAGAAGGAGCUGAGCACGCAGAAGGAGAUCCUGAUAGGGAGCAGCAACGAGACCCAGGUGUCGUCGAAGAGCGAGCCGCCGUCGGAGGGGACUGUGAAUCGGUUGAACGAGGAACUCGAGCCGGUUCGAAGGAGGAACGUGGUCGAGCCGGUCAAGUCGGAGAGAUCGCGAGGCGAGGACGAGAUCGUAGCGGACGACGAUCGAUACUCGAGGAGGAGCGACGCGAAGAAAUUGGACAAGAGGCAAGAAACGGCCCUCAAGGAUCUGAAAUCCUACUUGCUGGCGGGGUACGCGACCAAGCAAAAGCUUCGAAAAUUGGGGACGCAAGAAGACGCCCUACUGGACGAUUUGCUGCAACUUCUCACGAAACUAGCCGAAGAUCCGAGGCGAUGGGAACGGCUGCACAAACUACUCGUGAACAGGGAAGACGAGUUGAAGCUAUCUAGAGACGAGUUGGAGCCAGACAAGCGCAGUUACCAGCCCACCUUGAACCUAUUCUCAACCGAAUCCACGAACGAGUCGAGGAAAUCGCGAAAAAAGUCGAAGAAGAAGAAGAAGAAGCCUAAACAUCGUCUCUCCACGACCCCCUUGACUUCCGUACCGGCCACACCUCCGCUAUUGACCACUACAGAGAUACCGUGGCAAACGACGCCUGUUCAAUGGCGUCUGAUAGCGGAGAGACUGUUUGGACCUCCUUGGGAACAAGACGUUCACGGUGAAACCGAACAAGGGACCAGCCACUCUUCUCCGCAAAGUCCAAGAAGCCUGACCUCUAUCAGAGAUCUGAUCGAGGAGGACAAGUCGAACGGGAAGCCAAAGACUUUUCCACCCGAUAGAAAACCGAUAUUGGCGAACCAAGUUAGCGAACUUGGCAAUAAAAGGCUGAUGCGGUUUGGCAAGAUUGGAAAUCGUCAACCCGGUCAUGUUCAACAACGCAGAGAAUUCGCGAGCGUGUACGACAGACCUUCAGAUCCGGAACGAAUGCCGGAUUACGACAUACCGGAAAAUCCGUACCAUCGGCCGCGAUACGAUCAACUGUCACCAGCGUCGAGAGAGUUCCUUCGAGAGGAGGACUAUCGAGGCGACUUGAACGUUCAAUCGGAUGGAUAUCCCAUCGAUCGAGAAUACGAGCAACGAGAUUUCCGGUUGAGCAAGAGCUGGCCCGACCUCUCCUACGGUGGAUACGAUCCACCCUGGAGAACCCUGGAGGAACGCCCCCCUCUACCUCUAACCUCCGAGAAGUGGUCUUGGAGGCAGCCACCUAACAAGUACUGGCCUCAUCGCGUAAAUUUCCCACCCGUGGAGAAGAAUUAUUGGUCCGCGUUUCGCAACCAGGGGGAGGGGGAACAGGUGUCGGCGAGCAGCGAGAAGACGUGGGAACAGCAACGGAACGUGCACCGCUCCUGGAACAGGGACAGAUCGAGUUGGCCGGGUGAGAAAGCGUUGAAACCCGUUGGCAUCUCCUCGUGGCAGCAGCAAGCCGUGGAAACGAGGCCUGUAAAAUCGUACGAUCGCGAGGAAGGGAACAGCGUUUGGGAGAAGAGCAAGAACCGAUCCGAGGCGAGUAAAUCGUCGUCGGCGAAGGAGGAGGGGGAGGAAAAGGGGAGGCCGCAGAUCACGAUGAAAACUUGGAACAGUUUGACCUCGGACCCGGCCACGUGGCCGCACAAGCUUCCCGGCGCGAAACCGUGGCCGAAGGACGAGAACGGCAAGUCGUACAACCCGAACGCCGACUUGGUGAAGAAGUUGGGCCUGGACAAGCAGAACGGCGCCCCGUGGUCGAGCGAGAAGUCGGGCGGUGAGAGGAAAAAGGAGGGGGAAGAGGGCUCCUCCGCCGCGUACAAAGGGAGAUCCGAGGAUUCGAUGAAGUCACCGUGGCCGUUGCUCUCGGACCCGAAGAGGCCGAGCGAGUGGGCGAAGGCGGAAAGCGUGCAGGCUGACGAUUCGAACGCUUGGAGAAGGAAGUACGAAGGGAAGAAGAGCGCGUGGCGCACGGACGAGGAGGCUGGCUUGCCCAAGAUCCAGUCGGUGGGCGCGUGGGUAAUGGCGGCCGACCAAUCCACCUGGAAGCCUUACCAGAUCAAGCCCAUGGAACCGUCCGACGAGACUCGGAGAUGGUCGGCCAAGCCUCUGAACGGCAGAUCGGCAUCUUGGGCCGAGAGAUCGAACGAUUCCUGGAUGGAUAGGCGGGACGAUUUGUGGGCCGAGCCGAUCAGCGCUGAUCGCUGGCCCGAGAAACCGAGCGAACCUUGGUACGCGAAUACCAGGAAGGUGAAGGGAGAAGAAUGGUUGGCCAAAACUCCGCAAUCCUCCUCCUCCUCCUCCUCCUCCUGGAUAUCGAAAAUCCAGGGAGGAGGGGAGAAGAGCUCGUGGGGCGUAAGGGGCGGUGGUUCGUGGUCGACCAAGUCGAACGAGUCUUGGAACGAGUCGAAAACGAGCGAGGACAAGUUGGCGGGAGGAGACUCGUGGCCCGUGAAGGCGAAGGACGAGGAUCCUAACGAUGGCUGGGUGAGGAAGUCGGGCGAGCGGACUGGUUGGGGAGCGAAGAGCCCCAACGAUCUGUCUCCGUGGCAGCAGAAGAUGAACGAGGAGUGGAGUUACGGGAAGACGAGCUCGACGGGCACGUGGCCCGGCAAAUGGAAACAGUUCGCCUACCACAGGGUGACCGCGAUGCCGAUCUCGAAGCCGGGGACCACGGCCGACGCCGCCUCGUCCAAGUCGAAGAACAACGCUUUCGUGGCCGUGUCCGCGGUCUCCUCGCCCAGGUACGGCGGGAGCGAGUGGAGGAAGAACGAGGAGGACGCGAGGAACGAAAGUGAAAGGCGGGGCGGCGAGGAGCAGGAACGGUCGGGUAAUCAGGUGCAGGUGGGCCUCGAGCGACCCAUCUACGCGUGGAAGAAGGACACCAGCAAAGCCAAUGGAACCGACCCGCUCGAGAACCAGUUGGAAGCACUCAGACAGAUUGACUUCUGGUCCUACAAAGAGAACGAGGCCGAGAAGAGAUUGACGUCAACGAGAGCAACCACGGAGACGACGUCCUCGAGCCCCAAGAACAACUCGACCACGGCCACGAUGCAUCGUCGAGGGCCCCUGAUCACCGACAAUGGGAACGGCUUGCUCGAAACCAAUCGACGGACGAUCUCGAUGAAAUAGAUCGAGGCUCCAUCCCUAGAUCCUUGAUCUUGCCCAAUGGAUACCGUCUGUUCAAUCGACAAUAGGCUACGCGAAGUCUCCGAGCAAUUUCCAACGACUCUCUGGCCCCCUGCCAACAUCCACUGGAACCCUUUUGGCCAGUCACUCUUCGAUAUCGCUCACAAAAUAUCUUUUUUUUUCUCUCUUUGUUUUUUGUUUCUUUUUUCUCCGUUAUUAAUCAUCUUGUUAUUUAUGAACGAUCUUGUUUAUCGCUUUUGUAUCAUUUUUUAUUUUGUUUGUUAUUUUUUUUAUCUGUUUUUUCUACCUUUCUCCUUCUCUCUUUCUCUCUUUUCUUUUUUUUUUUUUUUUUUUUUUAAUGAUUUCUUGAAAAGAACUAGCAUCGUAUCUCGUAGUGUCGUUGAGUCUUGAUGACCCUUGUGCCAUAUUUGUCGAGCGUACGUGGGCGUGUAAAAAGAAUCAAUGGCUCGAGGAAAUGUUACUUCUAAAGGGAAAGAACGGAACGGAAAAUCUUGCUUCAAUUUUCGUUUUUAAUUCUUUUUUACACCGAGCUUUUAUAUUUACAAAAGCAUCUUUCCUUCGCUCCACGAUAGCUAUCAAACAGACACAGUUAAUUUCGGUAACGAAGAUCCUCGUGAAUUUUUCAACCUCUUUAACUCGCUUUAAUUCCUCUGCAUUUUUUUCUAUUCCACUUUUUCUUCUUUUUUUCUUUUUAUACUCGGCCUCAGAAUUUUCAAAAGCAUUUGCUCAAUAGCCGGUAUUCUAACUGAAACCCCCUUCUUCUUCUUCUUCUUCUUGAACAUUAUUUUUAUUUCGACCUCUUGAAAUCCGGUAAGAGAAUGAAUCCUAAAAUUCACGAUCGGAGAGGGAAAGAUUUUCCGUUGAGAAUUCUCUUUCCUUUCUUCCUUUGAAAUAAAUCAUGCUCUGUAAACUUUAUAUAAAAACGAACAACUGCUCGAGACUACUCGAUAAUGUUCAAUAACGUUGAAAAAUUUUUUCAAUAUUACUUUCCACCUAUUUUCAACUCUUUCGAUUCCGUUCGAAAUUCCGUUCUUUCUCCAGAGUUCUUUAAUCUUGAAAGAUACGAAGCCCGAGAUAACUGAUACCCGCCUACGACGCCCACUUGCAAAUUCGCGGAGCGGGGAGAAAAUUAUUCUAGUCGAGUCGCAUGAUAGAUUAAUCGCUAUCGUCGAAAGUAUAUUUAAAUUGUUCGAGGUCGAUGAGAGAGGAAAAUGUUAAAAAAGUCGACACGGUUCACCACUUUUCGAAGGGGUCGAACGUGUAAGAGCUUGUACGCUUUUGCAACCACGGGAACUGUAACUUCGCUGCGCAGAGAGUUUAGUAGGAAAUAUCGAGCGAAUAUUUUUUCUACGGGACUGAAAUUGUCGGUGUUGUGACGGCCUAAUUGCCGUUUCAUUCAUAGGAAACUGUACAACCUUUCGAGUGCCCUUAACGCAUCGCAACUUGCUUCCUCUUCUCCGUCGAAAGAAAAGGGAAAGAGAGAAAAAAAUAGGAGAAAAUUGGGGGGAAAGAUUCUCGAAAGUGUCCACCCCGAUCUCGACGCAACGAUUUUUUGUAGUUCAAGUCGAUCAUUCGUUCGCUUGUCGACGUUAUUGUAAUCGAGAAUAAGCGAGAAAGAGUCCAUGACAAUAUUUGAUAAGCGACGUUACAGGAAAUGGAGGAAGAGAAAGAGCUUCGAUAUCGCCGCGCUCGAGGAGCGAAAUUAUCGUGAAGAAGCUCGUUGUAAGAUAAUAUGACCUAAGAAUCUGGAUUAUAUAUAGUUUCGCGAUAACUUUUCACGUUUUCACGCCACGAUACUCGUUCCUCGAGCAUGGUUCUCUCGAUUCGAUAAUUUUCUUAUCGAAUCGAAAUAAUAGAAUAGGGUUCGUUAGGGAAAGAGAAAAAUUUGAAUUGUUAAAAAAUUCUUAAGCAAUUGGAAUACGAUGAGGGAAGAAAAUUAAGCGCUGUUUGGAGAUAAAUUUUCUACGAAAAGAAAAAAAAAAGAAAAAGAAGACAAUAGAACGUAUUGUCAAAGUGUCGCCUUCGAUUUACAUAUCAUUUGUAUUGAAUUUUAUUUAUCGUUGGUCGAACUUGAUCGGCGAGUCAGGUUAAAAAGCUGGUGUAAACCUGCGUGAAUUUAGCGAGUGUAUCGAUUAGAAAGGCGAACGAACGGACGGCGAAGAGGAAAAUUAGCGGAAAAUUGAGCCCGUGGCAUAUCACGUGGGGUGAUAAUUCUCGCGUAGGACCAGAGACUGUGCGUCGAUGUGUAUAUAAAAUGCGUUCAAUUAGUUUUAUCGGUCCUUGUUCAAAAGAAAAAGAGAAAUUGAUUAAGCGCUCGGUUGACGCAAUGCUACUCCUAGCAGAUUACUCCUCGGAGAUUGAAAACGUCGAUCCGAGAUGAUUCGAGUCGCGAGAUCAUUGAAAUUUUAAAUCGAGUCCGCGCGAAUUCGAAAGUUGGACUUUCUCUCGGUCGAAUCGUUUAUCGAUUCGAAAAGGAGACAGCCCGGCGAUUGUUGUUGUCGCGAAAUAAUGUAAAUAUUUACGCUUCACGGUUUGAAAGUGGAGGAGCAAAGAUUUCGAGAAAAAGAGAAAUGAAAGAUUUUAAAAAUGAGAGGAGAGCGAAAUAAUAUCAACGAGGGUGUGUCGAACGAAUCGAAAUUUUCUACGCUCCGAAACCGAGUUAUUUGAAAACUUUUAAUAAAUUGGAAUUUAUCGAAAGUGUGUGUGAUAUGGUCGCGUGAGAAAAUCGCGUGAAAAAGAAAAAAAUAUUUUUAUCCGACUUCGAAUUCGAACGUCGAGUAAUGUUUUAUUUAAAGAGGAGAAGAGAGAUCAUCGUCGUUCGAAUGAAAGAUUGAAAGGAAAAGAUGUAACGCGGUACGAAUCCUAGAUGGAUGGACUAGCGCAAACCGGAAGUGGAGCAUAGAUACGCACACACGCAUACACAGUUGUACGCACACGACAGAGAGGAAUAGAAGGGAUGUCGUAAGGGUACGCUGAUAUAUCUCCUCGAAUUUUCAGAAUUCAUGGAAAUUCAUGUACCUUUAUAGAAUCCUCUGUAUCUACCCGUACGUAGGAUAUUCGAUUUAAGGAAAAUGAGAGAAUAAAUGUCGUACGUUGUAUA